UAACCUUGGGGUAAAGCGAGGCACGCGCCUUUCUGAAUGCUUUGAGGGUUGACUGGAGCGUAAAGCUGGGCCCUGAGAGUUGGGGAUUCCCGACGUUUAAGGGAGCUGGCUGAAGAGGAGAGGCUGGGAUCCUGGACUUCUGAGUCCUGGGAGUGUUGGACAUUAAGAGAGGUAUCUGGGAUCUUAGGGGUUGGGGUGCAAGGACUAGGAAGCCUGAUACCGGGGAUUCUGAAAGAGGACGAAGUGACUCGGACUCCUUCACCCAAGGAGGGGUUGCAUUGCAUCCUUCGAGUUGCCGUUAUGGACGCAGGCUUGGGUCUUGAAGGUCGGGCGGCGGACCUCAGGGGUCCACUCUGGUCGAGACCAGCCCCGCCCUGGGAUUUCCCAGCGCUCUACCGGUGCCGGGUGCCUGGGCCGAAAAGGAAUUCCCCGUGAGCGGAGAUUCCACGGGCGCCGCGCUUCGCUGCGUGCCCCGCCUCCGAGCCAGACACCUGCGGCGUGCGCGUGCGGAGCGGAACUGGGAGGUGGAAGAUUCCCUUGCGUGAGCGCCGUGACGUCAGCGCGCGGCGUCUUUUCUCGAGGGUUUCCGAGUCGGUCCCCGUCUGGCUUUAACCCUUCUUGCGCUGGAGUCAAAGCUGGGAAGUCUGAGCUAGGGAUUUGCUCUUCUCCGGUGGAGGGAACCGGACUUGCAGGUCCCAGAGGAGGCUGAGGGGGUCUGUACUCCUGGGUUUCUGGAUGAGAGACUGCCGCGCCUAUGGGAUACAGGGGCAUCGCGGGAUGGUGGGUCCCUGCUAUUCCCAAGUCGGCCGAGGUGGGGACAGGAGGUUUGCGACACCAGAUAUCUGGAUUUCUGAGGAACUACUCUGCCACUGAUUCUGGCAGAGAGCAUGAAGCAAGAGUGAUGGUCCAAGACUGUGCUGAGGACACUAGGCUUGCGCCUAGUCCCAACAUGUCAGAUUCUAGAACAGAGAAAUUAUUUUGCUGUUGUUUUGAGACCGAGGUCUCAGGUAGCCCAGGCUGGCCUCUCACUGAUAUGUAGAUGAGCUUGGCCUGCCACGAGAAUGCUGGAUUGCAGGGGUGUGCCUCUACUUCUAGUUUAAAACAGAGACAUUGGGAACCUGGAAAUGCCUUUUCAGGAAGUUGAGAUUGGCAAACCCCACCCCUCUUCAAGUGUUAGGCCUGGUAGCCUAGGUUGGGAUUUUUUACGGAUGUGGUGAUGCUUCAGAGGAGUGGGAUGUCUCCGGAGGAGAUAGAUGCUUCAGAGAAAUGCUAGCCUCCCCACUUCCUCAGUUUCCACUACGGUGGUGGAAAGUUGGUGCAGAGGAAAAGCGUGGAGUAAAAGGAAGGAAAUGGCGGAGGCGGGCCCUGCACUCAACAUCUUCUAUUGGCUUUGUAGUUCUCCAGUUUUUCCGCGCUCGAGGGAAAGGAGGGCGCGCGCCCACAUCCACUCCCAGCCACCCACCGCUGCCGCUGAGGGUGCAUUCGGGUGACUUAAAUAUUCCUGAUGACUUCCUUCUGUCUUCCCACACACAGUGAGUCGGCCUGAGCGCAGUCACUGCCCAACACAGACCGUAAAGAAGCUUCUGGAAGAACAGAGGCGCCGACAGCAGCAGCCAGAGGCUGCUGGGGUACCGGGACACUUCUCCCCUCCUCUGGUCCAGCCACUGACCCCAUCUGUGAGCGAGUCAGAGGCAGGUAAGAAUAGAAACUUAGCUCGACCCACCUCUCAGAACUUUGGGGACCGAGGAGACAGGCAGCUCUCAUUAUUGUUGAGACAUAUGGGAAAUUUUAAUGGCUGGCCUGCCAUUGUUGCACAUGUCUGUAUUUCCAGUACUCCGGAGGUUGAGAGGAGAGGAUUGCCAUUGGGUUUGAAGCCACACUUUUUUUUUUUUUUAAACUAGCGAGUUCCAGGCCACCUAGAGCUAUCUAAGACACCUGUCUUCAAACAGAAACCCCUGGAUUUUGACAUUGGUUUUCAAUAGCCCAGUAGUCUGUGACUGUUGCCCUCAGGGACUCAGGGUUUGAGAUUCCAGGAAUCCAGAUCCCAGUUGCUUGAGACCCAGGCGGCCAAGCACCCCAGCUUGUUGAUGUCCCAGGAUUGGAGGACUCAGCUCUCAGUGCCUCAGUGCCUCAGUGCCUCAAGAGACUCCAGGUUCACUAUCCCUGGCUGUGUCUCUGGGCUCUAAUAACAAGCUGGUCCUGCCCACCCUCUCGGUUUCAGGCCAUACUCACUUCCCUGCCUUCCAAGAGACUGUGGAUUCUGGACCUGGCAACCUGGCUCCCCCUUCAGGCUUCACAGACUGGGACUCCAGCAUCCAUGCUCCGUAUGCAGAAGGCUCUUUCCCAUACUCUGCUUCUGAAGGCUUCCUGACUCCUGAUCUCUACCCAGUGUCAGACCCAGGCCGGUCAGGCCCAUUUCCCCUGGCAAUGGAGGACUCUCUGGAUACCCGGCCGUAUCCAGAACCUUCCCUGUCACAAGUAGGAUCCUGGAGAGUCUCUGGUCUUCCCUCGGGAUCCCCACAGUUGCCUCCGUCCACUGGACCCUCCCUGGAGGCAGCCCGAGCUCACAUACUGGCUCUGGGCCCCCAACAACUGCUGGCCCAGGAUGAGGAAGGAGACACGCUCCUGCACCUGUUUGCUGCUCGGGGACUGCGCUGGGCAGCCUAUGCAGCCGCAGAGGUGUUACAGAUGUACCGACAGCUGGAUAUCCGUGAACACAAAGGCAAGACGCCUCUCCUAGUGGCAGCUGCUGCCAACCAGCCCCUGAUUGUGGAAGACUUGCUGAACCUGGGAGCAGAGCCUAACGCCACUGACCACCAGGGCCGUUCUGUCCUGCAUGUGGCUGCCACUUACGGACUCCCGGGAGUCCUUUCGGCUGUGUUUAAGUCAGGCAUUCAAGUGGAUCUGGAAGCCAGAGACUUCGAAGGUGAGCUGGUCCUGCCCAGGGCUGAUGUGGUUGGCUGGCUGGACAGGGUGGACACUCAGGUGCAAGUCCCUUACUGUGUACAUUCCACAGGCCUUACCCCCCUCCACACGGCCAUCCUGGCCCUCAACGCUGCUAUGCUCCCACCUACUAUGUGUCCGAGGAUGCUGAGUUCCCAAGCCCGAGACAGACUGACAUGUGUGCAGAUGUUACUGCAAAUGGGUGCCAGUCAUACCAGCCAGGAGAUCAAGAGCAACAAGACCAUUCUGCACUUGGCUGUACAGGCUGCCAACCCCACGCUGGUUCAGUUGCUCCUGGGCCUGCCGAGGGGAGACCUUCGGGCCUUCGUGAAUAUGAAGGCCCAUGGGAACACAGCCCUCCACAUGGCAGCCGCCCUGCCCCCUGGGCCGCCCCAAGAGGCCAUUGUGCGGCACCUGCUGGCAGCUGGCGCGGACCCAACACUGCGCAACCUGGAGAAUGAACAGCCAGUUCACUUGCUGCGGCCUGGACCGGGCCCUGAGGGGCUCCGGCAGCUGUUGAAGAGGAGCCGUGCGGCACCCCCAGGCUUGUCCUCUUAGGACCGAAACCCAGAACCUGGACUGAUUUUCCAGUCCCCACCGUCCCGUGGGACAGUCAGCGUAUGCUCAUGUCGCAGAUUCUUGAUAAUAUAUGUGUAAUAUCCUGCCAUUAGGGUCUUACAUUAAAACUCCAAAGUGGCACUGGGGGAGGUAAGCAGUCUCCAAUAUUUGGGGUCUGUAACACCUCCUCCCCUACAAGGGGCUGCCUGCAUGAUUUCUGUGAAAUCGAGCCCACUUGAUUGUUUCUGUGAAACACUCUAAAGACCUUUAACCCUCUCCUACCUGGAUCAGUCAUGAUCACCUCCCCAUACUCUCAGUCUUACACCCCAGAAUCCCCAAUGGAGCCCCAUGGGAUUUGAGGUCUCCCAGAACCCUCCCAUCAGGGUUCCUCCCCAGGACCCACACCCUUGAGGUGUUGGAAGGGCCCUCUGAGAUUAACGUGCCCUGAGUCCUGGCUACAUUAUCAUUUAGAACUCAAUGCCCCAGACACUAGCAUUCCCAGUGAAUUGCUCCCCUUGGUCUGUAUCCCUUUAGCUACCAAUUAAACUCGAUUUGGCCUCGGACUGUGUGGUGUCAUUCAGAAUGGAUGUUGGGGGAGCUUUGGUGCAGGAGAGCAGCACCGAGGGGCCACAGUAUGUUGAUAGAAAGGCUAGGGGUCAAAGGUCAAGGUGCUGUCCAUCUAGUGCCUUAAGAAGGCUCUUUUCUGUUUCGAAGAUAGCCUUCCCUUCCUGAUACUGUAAUUUCAGACCACUGGUGCCCAAUCCCCUCAGCAAACAUGAGAAAACCAGCAGAUUGUGGUGGUGCUCACCUUUGAUCCCAACACUUGGGAAGCAGAGGCAAGCAGGUCUCUGAAUUUGAGUCCAGUGUGGUCUAUAUAGUUCCAAGAUAGCCAGAGUUACAUAAUGAGACCCUGUCUCAAAAAACAUCAAAGAUGUGAUGAGACUUCAAAGCCAGGGAGCUUCUCAGGCUAGGAGUGGCUCAGCAGUAGUGAGUGUCCUUUCUUAGGAUCCCCCAGUGAGGGACUGGGGGCGUGGCUCAGUGGUAGAGCCCCUACCUAGAAUUGCCCAAUAAGGGACUGGGGGCGUGGCUCAGUGGUAGAGCCCCUACCUAGAAUUGCCCAAUGAGGGGCUGGGGGGGUAUGGCUCAGUGGUAGAGCCCCUACCUAGAAUUGCCCAAUGAGGGGCUGGGGGCGUGGCUCAGUGGUAGAGCCCCUGCCUAGAAUCCCCCAGUGAGGGGCUAGGGGUGUGGCUCAGUGGAAAAUAUUCUGCCCUGUGUUGGCAGGCAUGGUGGCAUGUGCCUUUAAUCCCAGCAUUCAGGAAGCAAAGGCAAGCAGAUCUCUGUGUUUAGGGCCUUCCUGGUCCACCUAGUAAGUUCUAGGACAGUCAAAAACUACAUACUGAGACCUUGUCUGAAAACAAAGGAGCAAACAAACAAAAACCCUAUGUUCUAGCCCUGGGCAAAAACCAAACAAAAAAAUUGGUUUGCUGGGUGUGGUGGCCCAUGCAUUUAAUCCCAAUGCUUGAAAAGCAGAGGUAGACAGAUCUCUUUGAGUUUGAGAACAGCUUGGUCUACAAAGCAAAUCCAGAACAGCCAGGGUUACACACACACACACACACACACACACACACACACACACACACACACAAAGGAAGGAAGGAAGAAAGGAGGGGGUGAUGGUACAGUCCUAUAAUUUCAGCACUCAAGUUUGAAUCAAUCCUAGGCUACCAGUAAAAACUCAAACUAAUUUGUUGUUGUUGCUGCUGCUGCUGCUGUUUUGUUUUAAUUAGAAGGAGAAGGAGAUAGAGGAAACCAUUCUGGGGGUAUUAGGCUCACCCUACUUCCUGCUGUAACCUAACGACAAUCCUCAACUAAUGGCAGAUGGAGGUGGUCCAGAAAGGCAGGUGGGUCUCUCCACACGCUACCACUGUGACAAAACGCCAUGCUCAAAAUCAAAUCAGUGAGGAAAGGGUUUAUUUGGCUUACUUACACUUCCAAAGCACUGUUCAUCAUCCAAGGAAACCAGGACAGAACUCAAACAGGACAGGCACCUGGAGGCAGGAGCUGAUGCAGGGGCCGUGGUGUAUGGGGCAGGGGUGCUGCUUGCUGACUUGCUCCCCAUGGUUUGCUCAGCCUGCUUUCUUAUGCAACCCAGGGCCACCAGCCCCAGGAUGACUCCACCCUCAAUGGGCUGAGCCCUCCCCACCAAUCACUAAGAAGGUGUUCUGCAGGUUUCCCUGCAGCCCAAACUUUCCUUAGUUGAGGCUCCCUCCUCUUGAUUACUCUAGCUUGUGUCAAGUUGACAUAAACCUAUCCAGUACGUUCUUGAGCUAGAGAGAUAGCUGAGUGGUUAAAGAGCACUGACUGCUCUUCCAGAGGUCCUGAGUUCGAUUCCCAGCAACCACAUGGUGGCUCACAACCAUCUGUAGUGGGAUCUGAUGUCCUCUUCUGGUGUAUCUGUGGGACUACAUAAAAUAAAUAAAUCUUAAAAAAAAAAAAAAAAAAAGAACAACCAACAACAACAAAAAAACAAAAACAAAAAAAACCAAAAAACUAUCCAGAACAGCGAGCAAAGACCCCAUUGGACAGUAUCUUGAGAGGAAGAAGCCCUGCUUGCAUAAGACUUGCUGAUAAAUACCCUCGACUAAAGUCACAUGGCCAAAUUGGGCGUGGUGGUACAAUCUUAUCAUCCCAGCUUUUGGGAGUCUGAGGCAGGAGGAUCAGAAGUUCAGGAGGACAGGAAAGAAAACUGGGGGGCAGAGUUACCAGGGACAAGUGUUGUCUCUCAUGGCAACUGCCUCACGCUAGUGAGUGUGCUCCUAGAUGUGAUACUGUGGCAGAUGGCCCAGGAAUUCAUAUGAAUGUGCUGAAUUUCAUUGAGAACUUAUUAACGAUCAGGAAUCCCUAAUUGUACAGCCGAUUGUGUGAUAUGGUUAGGGAUCUAUGUCCCCCUCCCAAAACAUCAUCUUCGGUGUAAGAAGAAGGCUGUUUUAGGGCAUGAAGCAUCAGGACAGCAAUGGCAACACAUUUUAAUGAUGGUAUUGUUUUAGAAUUUAAAAUUUUAAAAUGUGUGAGGGAAAGCAUGCGUGCCCAUGGAGGCCAGAAGAGGGCGUCAGAUCCCCAGGAGCUGCAGUUACUGUGACUGUGAAUUGCCUAACAUGAGUGUUGAGAACCUAACUUCUGAGCCCUCUCUCCAGCUCCUAAUUACAGUGUUUUAAAACUAUCUAACAGGCUGGGGGGCGCGGUAGCACGUGUCUUUGAUUCUAGUACUCAGGAAACAGAGACAAGCAGAUCUCUGUGAGUUCAAGGCCAGCCUGGUCUAUAUAGUAAGACCCUGUCUCAGAAAUAGACAGACAGACAGACAGACAGACAGACAGACAGACAGACAGACAAAGACAGGGCUGGCAAGAUGGCUCAGCCAGUAAAGGGACUUGUUGUCCCAGUAAGCCUGAUGACUUUGAGUCCCACAAACAGCAGAGAAGAAGAGGGCUGACGUUCUCUUAUAGCCUGUGGUGCAUGUGCAAAUACAGAGAGAGAGAGAGAGAGAGAGAGAGAGAGAGAGAGAGAGAGAGAGAGAGAGAGAGAGAGAGAGAGAUCAGGCAUCUCCACUAAAAUGUAAAAUUAAUUAAUUAGAUAAUUAAUUAGAGACAGGGUCUUACUAUGCAGCCUUGGCUGUCCUGGAACUUGCUCUGUAGACCAGACUGGUCUUGAAUUCAGAGAUCCACCUGCUUCUGCCUCCCAAGUGCUGAGAUCCGACUUAAAAUGUGAAGUUUAUUAAAUCUCGGGUGAUCAUGAGUUUUCUCCCUUCUGGCAUUAGGGGAAUGUGCAUCUCCCUGCUCUGAGUGUAAUAAAGGUGUGACUGUUGUCAGACAACAGCACAAAUCUGGUGCUCUAGUGGACUGGGAGGGUGUGCAACACUCAUCCACUUCACACCGUGUGUGAGUGUGUGUGUGUAUGUGUGUGUAUGUGUGUGUGUAUGUGUGUGUAUGUGUGUAUGUGUGUGUAUGUGUGUGUCUGUGUGUAUGUGUGUGUAUGUGUGUGUGUGUCUGUGUGUGUAUGCGUGUGUGUGUCUGUGUGUGUAUGUGUGUAUGCGUGUGUGUGUGUAUGUGUGUGUAUGUGUGUAUGUGUGUAUGUGUGUGUGUAUGUGUGUGUAUGUGUGUGUCUGUGUGUGUAUGCGUGUGUGUGUCUGUGUGUGUGUCUGUGUGUGUAUGUGUGUAUGCGUGUGUGUGUAUGUGUGUGUAUGUGUGUGUAUGUGUGUAUGUGUGUAUGUGUGUGUGUAUGUGUGUGUAUGUGUGUGUCUGUGUGUGUCUGUGUGUGUAUGUGUGUGUAUGUGUGUGUAUGUGUGUGUGUCUGUGUGUGUGUAUGCGUGUGUGUAUGUGUGUGUAUGCGUGUGUGUGUGUGUCUGUGUGUCUGUGUGUGUCUGUGUAUGUGUGUGUAUAUGGGUGUGUGUAUGUGUGUGUGUGUGUGUGAUAUGUGACCUGCGUUGACGUGGAUAUUUCAUGAAGAGCCUCUGCUAGCUUAUAAGGCCCUUGGGAGAGUUAGAAAUAGGUGCUCCUCCCCUCCGCCCCUACCUCUGUCCAAGCCAUCUGUCAGAAGAUCGUGACUCACCCAUGUUAGAGUUUGGUGCAUGGCUGCCAUCUUCUGGGCAGUUACAUUAGAAAGGGACAUCUGGCAAGCCAAGGAAGAGAAAAGCCUUGAUCAUGCUCCUUCCUUCCUUCCUUCCUCCUUUCUCAAAUGGAGCAAUUUCUGGCAUAGAGUGAGCACCAUAAAUGUUUGUUUCCAAAACACAGUUUGGUUUUUGUGUGUUCUGGUGUAGGGUCUCAUGGCACCUACUGUCAAGCUCACUAUGUAGUAGAGAAUGACAGCAGUUAAGAACACCGGCUGCUCUUGCAGAGGACAUGGGUUCACAUCCCAGCACUCGCACAGUGGAUCACGGCUGUCUAUAACUCCAGUUUCAGGGGAGCCAAUGCUUUUUUGGCCUCUGCUGACUGGCACCAGGCACAGAUGUGGUGUGCACACAAACACGAAGACAAAAGACUCAUACGAACAAUAUUCACAUAAAUAAAUCUUUAAAAAUACUUAUUUUUGGUUGCAUGUACUCUCAAUUGGCCUGGGAGUUGCUACGUAGCUGAGGUUGACUUUGAAAUUCUCUCUUUCUUGUUUUGAUUGAGACAGGAUCUCACUUCAUAGCCUUGGCUGGCUUUAAAAUGUGUAGAGCAGGGUGGCCGUCAACUGGUGCAGAUCCCCUGCCUCUGCCUUCUAAGUGCUGGGACCAAAGGUGUGGAACAUUUUGGAUGUCUUCUUGCUAUCGCACUUGUGUGUGUGUGUGUGUGUGUGUGUGUGUGUGUGUGUGUACUUAUUUGUGUCCAUGUGUGUAGAGGAGUGGGGGGGUUAAAAGCCAGCUUCUAAGACAGAUUCUCUCCUACCACAUGGUUCUGGGGGAGAAAAUAUCAGGCUUAGUGGCAAGCGCCUUUACCCACUGAGCCCUGUCCCCUGCUUACCUUGAAUUCGUAAUCCUCUACCUCCUGAGUGCCGGGAUAAUAGGCAGGUGCCACCGUGUCCACUUUAUUCAGUAAUGAAGACUGAGAUCAGGGCUUCGUGCAUGCUUGGUUAAGCUGAGAUCUCAGACUCUCCUGAUGUUUUAAAAUCCCCUGAAUAAAAACCUGGUAAAUAGCAGGUGCAGCUAAAUUAUCCCCACACGUAACCCUGGAGUCCUGCUAACAGCUAUCUUGGGAUAAGUAGCCACACUCGGGGAAGCCUGUUUUACCUCGGGAUUGGUCGCAGCGUGACCCUGACAUGUCACAGCUGGAAUGCGAGCGUUCAGAAGGGGCUGCUGGUAUUAGAUAUCCUCUGUGGGACACUGAUGUGGCACCCGGGGCUGGGAAUGCAGCUCAGCGGCAGAGUAUUUGACUGUCGUAUAUUGUUAGGCCUUGCAAUAUCCACUGAGGAGACAAAGGGGAGAUCUGUGCAUGUGGGGCCAGCCUGGUUUACCAAGCGAGUUCUAGGAGAGUCAGGGCUAUAUUUUAAAACCUUGCCUCGGGCUGGGGAUUUAGCUCAGUGGUAGAGCCCUUACCUAGGAAGCGCAAGGCCCUGGGUUCGGUCCCCAGCUCCGGAAAAAAAAAAAAAAACAAAAAAAAAACCUUGCCUCAAAAACAAAACCAGCAAACGAAACAUAUUUUUAAAAAACAAGCAUGGCGGGGCUGGGGAUUUAGCUCAGUGGUAGAGCGCUUACCUAGGUCGACACCUCUGUCUCCUGCGCGGGAUACGUGUCGGCCCGGAGAUCUCCGUAAUAGAUCUCCGUAAUAAACCUCGCCUUUGCUUAUUACAUCCAAAAAAAAAAAAAAAAGUAAAAACAAGCAUGCGUGUAUUCCCAGUCCUCCACUGCUAAGGCUGGACGGUCGCAGUGGUGUGAUGUUGACUGAAAAUACAAGGCUGGAGAAGGACGUUUGAGAUGGCUUAUUGGGUCAAGGGUUAUUGCCUCUAACAAACGAGUUGUAGCCCCAGGACAGAUGUCUUCUGAUUUCCGCUCCCACAGCGUGACACGCAUACCCCGCCCGGCUCCAGUAAUUUUUUUUUUUUUUAAAGUUUAUAGGGGAAAACUUAAGAGCAGAGGGAAUGGGGGAGGGUUGAUACACACAAAUGGGUCAGAGCAGGGACCCAUUCAGCACCACGGAAAGCUCCCAGGCAGACCAAAAACAACGCCCAGCCUCUGGGCCCCGCCCACCUACGCGGCAACCCUCACCUCCAGGCCCCACCUAAGUUUAAAACAGCCUCACCCAGGUUCAGUCCAGGUUUGUUUGGGUUUUGUUGUUUGGGUUUUUGAUUCUAGGCUGUUCUGGAACUCUUAAGUAGAACAGAGUCCAGACUAGUCUGAAACUCACAGACAUCUGCCUGCCUCCGCCUCCUGCGUGCUGAGAUUAAAAUUUUGUGCCCACACACACGCACGCAGCACACACACACACCCCUCACUCAGUUUAAAAACCUUCAAGAAGUGCUUGUGCUUACACACAGUUUCUCCAACAGAAACACGGGAUGGCCGGGUGGGGAAGAGGACUUUAUUGGGAUGUUAGUGAAGAAACGUGGGACGGUGAAUUCCAGGGGGUGACAUACACUGGGACCCAGAUGGUGGUCACCUUAAGGAGCAAUAAAUUAACGUAAAAUAAAUUAAGGUGAGAAGGUCCCUGGUGGGGCAGGAACUGGGAAUUUCUAAGGGGGUGGAAUUUGGAAUGAAUUUGUCAAGAUCUCCCUCCCCCACCGGAAGCUGGGAGUUGGGAUUAGGGGACCGGAAGAAGGGCAGUAGGGUUCAGCUGAAGGCAGCUAGGGUUGGGGUCAAGGUCGUUCUUCCAGGAAGCGGUAGGUGGGGUUCUCAUAGCCAUGCCUCUGAAGUUCCCGGAGCUGCUGCUCCUCCAGGGUCAGCAUGGGGUCCACCU